AUGCACACUUCUUACGUUUCUCUUGCGGUCUUCGCCAUGGGCGCCGCUGCCGUCCCAAACAUGCCAAAGACGCCUAGCAAUCCUUUUGAAGGCAGCUUUCCUUUCAUGCCCUCCGGAGCUUCCACAGGGGACGAUGAUGGCAUGUCCAACCCGGUUCCUGCUUAUAUGGCUGCUAUGCAAACUGUCGAGGAGGUACAGACAGGUUCAUACAGCAACAACAACAACAAACCUGCGCCCAUUGCCCAGCCUGUCCAGGCCAAGCCGGCGAGCGACGACAACCAGGAGUUUAACGCACCUAUGGCGCUGCCCUCGGCGCCUUCGAUGAAUGACCUUAUUCCUGAAAGCCUUGAGGAUGCUGCCCCGUCAUCCCUGUCGUCGGUCAACGCACAAGUCAAGCCGAGCCCGGCAUUCUCUGCUGUGUACGAGUAUUCAUCUUCUAUGUCGAUCAUGGUCUCCGUGCCGUCGGCUUCUUCGUCCAUGGCUCCUCUGGUCAUCUUGGCUACCCCUGCACCCGAAUCUAUGCCCGUGGAAAUGGCGCCCGUCACCGUCAACCCGGUGUCGGUGCAAUCUAUCGUGCAGACCCCAGUGGCCACGCUCUCUAGCUUCAUCACCCGGCCCAUUUUGAAGGCCCCAGUCACCUCAAUCGUCGUGCCCAAGAUCGAGGCUCACUCGGCCGAAAUUCACGAGCAGCACAUUGUUUCGCAGAUUGCAAGCUCCAGUGUUUUGCACGCUGCUGCAUCCAGCUCGGCUACCGCUACAGCUAGCGCAGAUGCUGUCGAAGAUGCCACUAACGUGCUCAGCAAGAUUCCUCUCCUGGGCGGUCUUCUCGGUGGCCUUGGCCUUUGA